ACCAGAAAAGCACAUUCCGAAUCCUCUUGGAGAGUGAGGAAAUGAGUGUGCCCAUGAAACAAGAAGUGGAAAUUAGGAAACAAGAACAGGCAGAACCAAGAUAAGGGCAGAGUCAGAAUAGGAAGAACCAAAUAGGGAUUCUGAAAUGAAAAUUACAAAUUCUGAAAAUAAAAUGACCAUGAUUGGAGAAAUAAAAAUCUUAAUAGGAGGUUUAAAAAGCAAAAUGGAUUCAACUAAAGAGCAAGUUGGGAAGCUGGAUCCUGAAACUGAGUAGCCCCCACAAGGAGGAUAUUGGUUCCAAUGGAUCCUGGAUUACAUUGGGAUUAUGUAACUCAAGCAUUUGCUCAUUAAUCAAUUUGCUCAUUUAAUUCAUGCUUCAGUGCUGACUAUGUGCCAAGUGAUGGGAUGAGCAGUGAACAAAAUAGCCAUUAUCUGCACCUUCAAGGAGCUUCCAUUCCAAUGGUAGGAAGCUAAACAGAAACAAAUAAAUGAGUAACGUGUACUGUGACCCAUGGUGGUAAGUAUAACGGAGAUAAAAGAUGUAAGAAAUGGAACUGGGGGUGCCAAGGAUGGGGGCAGACGAAGUUUAGUCGGGGAGUUCAGAGAAGUCCAUGCUGAGAACAAGCCUUCCUAACACAGACUUGAAGGAAUCCUCGGGAUUCCAUGGGAAUCUCUGGGAGAAGAGGGGCCCCGGCAAGAGGAACAGCAGGUGCAAAGGCCCUGAGGCAAACAUGCAUGUGGCACAAAGUACAGCAGGGAGGUCGUUGGAGCUGAUGUGUGGAGAGCAAGGACCAGAGAUGAGCUUGGAGAGGCAAUGGCUGGCCCAACGGUGUCACUGUAAAGAUUGGCUUUUACUCUGAGAGAGGUGAGGAGGUAUGGCCACAUUUUGAGCACAACUGUGAUGUGGCCUGACUGGAGUGAACCAGAACCCCUGUUCUUCAGGUGGAGAAUAUUCUAUAAAGGCUCAGAGUGGAAGCAAGGAGUCUAUGGGGAGGCCACUGCACUGACCCAGGAGCUUCACCUGAUAGGCCAAGAUGGUCGCAGUGGAGGGGCUGUGCAUGUCCUGGACGCUUUUUCUUUUGUACCUGGGGAUUGAACCCAGGGGCGCUUGACCUCUGAGCCACACCCAGCCCUUUUGAGACAGGGUCUUGCUAGGUUGCCUUCCUCCUGCCUCAGCCUCCCAAGCUGCUGGGAUCCCAGGCGAGCGUCACUGCACCUGGCCCCCGGACAAGUUUUGAAGGUGAACUGGCAGGAGUCCCCCGGUGACCGCCUGGUGUCGUCCUGAGCAGCUGGGAGGAUGGAGCCUCUAAAAGCUGAGACAGGGAAGCUGCCAGGGAGGCACAUUCGGGGACCUCAGCCUCGGCCAUGCAGAGGUGGCUGUGCACACUCUGAGCUCAGGGCAGCUGGAAAACUCGAGAAGCCCCACUGUGGCUCAGGAGAGGGGAGCGGCAGAGGGGGUGCAGGGAUCCGUGAUGGCAGCCCACGGGCUAGGAGGCGUGGGGACACGUGGUCCCCAAGCCCACGCCGCUGGAGGCUCCAAGAACAGGGGAAUCCCGGGGCCACCCUGUGAGGCAGGCAGGGGCCCUGAGGGGUGGCACGAAGCCACGGGUGUGGAGCCCGGGGUUCCCUGAGGCAGAGGGAGGCCGGCCCUGCCGAGGCCCUGCCCUGCACCUCCCUCGGGCCGGGUUAAACUUUGUCUGGGAUGAUUGCUAAACGCUCUGCCAUAAGCGGCCCCUGGUCACACUUUAAUUCCAGCGUGGGUGGCUUCAGUCUCCAAGUCCCACUUUCCAAAGUCAGCUUUCUCCAGAGGCCCAGGGGCAGCAGAGGCUCCAAGGGACACGUGGGUGGCCUCAGGGUCACAGCAUGUGGCUCCAAGGCUCGGUGGGAGCCACCCCAAGUGACAGCCAGUGAGCGGAUGCCAAGGAGCCCCAGGCCCAGCUCUGCAAAGCCGGUGGCCCCUGACAUGCUCCCGGCUGCCCGGCUGGGGACGCUGGAGGGGUCGCUGCUGUGGGAAGCGCAGACCUGUGGCUCGUGGCCCCGGGCCCUGGACCAGCUUCUGUGAAGCGGGCGCCUCCCUGGGCCCCCCAGCCGGCGCCAUGGCAUUUCCGGAACUCCUGGACCAAGUAGGUGGCAUGGGCAGGUUCCAGAUCCUCCAGCUGAUGGCCCUGGUGGUCCCCAUCGUCCUGCUCACCAUGCAGAACAUGGCCGAGAACUUCUCGGCCGCUGUGCCCAGCCACCGCUGCUGGGUGCCCCUCCUGGACAACGCCACCAGCCAGGCCGGCGUCGCAGGGGCCCUGAGUCCCGAGGCCCUCCUGGCUGUCUCCAUCCCACGGGGCCCCGACCAGCAGCCACACCAGUGUCUCCGCUUCCGCCAGCCGCAGUGGCAGCUCCUGGACUCCAACGUCACGGCCACCAACUGGAGCGAGGCCACCACAGAGCCGUGUGUGGACGGCUGGGUCUAUGACCGCGGCACCUUCACCUCCACCACCGUGACCAAGUGGGACCUGGUGUGUGACUCCCAGUUUCUGAAGCCCAUGGCCCAGUCCAUCUACCUGGCGGGGGUCCUGGUGGGAGCUGCGGUGUGUGGCCACGCCUCGGACAGGUUCGGGCGCAAGAGGGUGCUGACGUGGAACUACCUGCAGACAGCCGUGUCGGGGACGGUGGCUGCCUUCGCCCCCACCUUCCCCCUGUACUGCCUGUUCCGCUUCCUGGUGGCCUUCGCCGUGGCGGGCAUCAUGAUGAACUCGGGCAGUCUCCUGAUGGAGUGGACAUCGGCGCGGGCCCGCCCCUUGGUGAUGACCUUGAACUCCGUGGGCUUCAGCUUUGGCCAGAUGCUGAUGGCCGCGGUGGCCUAUGGUGUGCGUGACUGGUGGCUGCUGCAGCUGGCCAUCUCCGUGCCCUUCAUCCUCAGCUUUGUGUACUCAUGGUGGCUGCCCGAAUCCGCGAGAUGGCUCCUCAUCACGGGCAAGCUGGACUGGGGCCUGCGGGAGCUGCAGAAGGUGGCCGCCAUCAACGGCAAGAGGGCAGCAGGGGACACACUGACCAUGGAGGUGGUGCUCUCAGCCUUGCAGGAGGAGGUGAGCAGGGGCCAGGACCCCGUCAGCCUGGGCGCCCUGUUCUGCACACCCGGGCUGCGCCUGCGGACCUGGGUCUCCCUGAUGAUCUGGUUCGCCUUUGCCUUCACCUUCUACGGCCUGGCCCUGAACCUGCAGGCCCUGGGCAGCAACAUCUUCCUGCUCCAGCUGCUCAUCGGGGCCGUGGACCUCCCGGCCAAGAUGGGCACACUGCUGCUGCUGAGCCGCCUGGGCCGCCGCCCGCUGCAGGCCGGCUCCCUGGUGCUGUCGGGGCUCUGCGUCCUGGCCAACACCCUGGUGCCCCACGAGAUGGGGGCCCUGCGCUCAGCCCUGGCCGUGCUGGGGCUGGGGGCGCUGGGGGCCAGCUUCACCUGCGUGAGCAUCUUCCUCAGUGAACUCUUCCCCACGGUGCUCAGGAUGACAGCGGUGGGCCUGGGCCAGAUGGCCGCCCGUGGGGGAGCCAUCCUGGGACCCCUGGUCCUGCUGCUGGGCGUCUAUGGCCCCUCACUGCCCCUGCUGGUUCACGGGACCGUGCCAUUGUUGAGUGGCCUGGCUGCACUCCUGCUGCCCGAAACCCAGAACUUGCCGCUGCCCGACACCAUCCACGAUAUACAGAACCAGGCAGUAAAGAAAGCAAGACACGGCCCUCCGAGGUGUGUGGUCCUCAAGGCCACCCAGCUCUAGCUCCUGGGACGCCGGCAAUGGACCAUCAGAGGAGGCUUCUCGUGUCCCCCGGAGGUGGCAGAAGAGAGCAGAGGACGGUCUCCCUCCCCGUCAGGAGCCCCUCCCACACAGAAGGGGCAAAGGGCAGCUGGGCAGGCAGGAGGCCUCCACCUCUCCUACCACCUGACCUCCCGCUGGCUGCACAGGCGAGAGGCCAGGGCCAGGGGUCAAAGGUGACCAUCAUCUCCCCUGAUGCGGGGCAAGCCAUGGAGUCCGAGUUCCUCGGCUUCACCCUGAUGCCCUGGGCAGCCUGGCCUGGCCCACCCAGCCCCUCCCCGUGCCUCGCCACACUCCAGCCACAGGCCAGGCUUUGUGCUCUGCUGCAGUCCCCUCCCCACCUUCACACCUGAGGUCCUCUUGGCCUCCCAGGCCCAGGACAGGGGCACAGCACUAGCCAACAGCGCUAGUGACACCCUGGCCCAGUGUCACAUCCACACACCCAGCUCCUCCCUCCAACCAACAGAUGAGCCCAGGUGCUCCCACCCAGAGCUGGUCAGAGGGACAGUGGCGUGAGGGAUUGAAUAAAGAGAGA